AUGGUGUCCCGCCAGGUGUACAGAGAAGUCGAAGGCCUUCACCUCAGUCAGUUCUACUCCGACCAGAACAUCCGCGCAGCACUGGCCUACGAGCCCCGUCCGCACGACAUCUUUGCCGUGAGUUACCCCAAGUGCGGAAUCACAUGGCUGCAGUACCUCGUGUUCAGCAUCUUCAGCGGCGGCAUUCCUCCUCAAAGCGCCGAAGAAUUCUGUUCGAGGACACCCUUCCUGGCGGUCACCGACAUCGAGCGGAUCAGGAGGAUGCCUCGACCGGGAAGCAUCAGGACGCAUUUCCCGUUCCAAAGUCAGCCUUACUCGAGGCAGGCCAAGUACUUGUAUAUUGCUAGGAAUCCUUACGACUGUUGCGUUUCGUGCUACCACCACACGAGAGCUCUUCCGGUCUACCUCUUCGAGGACGGGACCUUCGACGAGUUCUUGGAGAUGUUCGUCGAGGGAGACGUGGAGUGUGGCGACUACUUCGACCAUCUGCUGUCGUGGUACGAGCACCGACACGACCACAACGUCCUCUUCCUGACUUACGAAGCCCUCCAGAAGGACACAGAGAGUUGUGUGCUUAAGAUUGCCGAUUUCUUGGGGGGCAAAUACAGCGAAAGGCUGCGAAGGGACAGGAGGCUCGUUUCCCGAAUCUCGACGAUGUCUAACGUCGAAAUAAUGAGGCGAAUGUUUAGCAGGAUAUUCGAGAUGGCUUUCGAAGGUCCUUUGCUCACACGGAGAGGAAGUCAGGAUGUGGAUAGUGUCACGCAGCCGAUAACAGGACAAUGGAGGAGCCAUUUUUCGCCGAAACAGGUGGAAAAAAUGAAAAUGUGGAUACGUCUUAAAACUGCAGGAAGUGACGUAAUGCAGUUGUGGACUGACGACGACGUUCCGUGA